AUGGCUUCCCCUAGCGUUCUCACCUUUGACGCUGAGGGUCGGGCAGUGGACUUUGAGGUCUGGGUAGAUGAUCUGCAGCUUUUCCUGCAGUGCGAUAGGGCAGACGGCCUCUCCCUGUUUGACCUCACUUCUGGUGCCUCCCCUCCCCCUGCUGCUGAUGCUGACGCCACUGUUCGCUCACAGUGGGCCACACGUGACGCUGCUGCUCGCCUUGCUGUGCGCCGCCACUUACCGACCACUAAGCGUGCACACAUUAGCCAGUACAAGAGUGCUCAGACCUUGGACCACUUCCUCUCUGUUUGCCCCACCACUCUCACCGUUGACCUCCUCGAGAACGCCCUCCUAGCGAUAGAGAAGAGCAUAGUUGUUGUAGGAGCCUCUCGUGGUGACCCUCGCACCCCCGUCUUUGAGGGGUGUUCUCCCUCCCCCCUCUUUCCCUCUGUUGCCUCUGCUGCUGCGGCCGACCUCGUUGGUUUCGAGUCAGUCGGCGCUGCGUCUGCCCCGAGCGGGAGACGCCGCACCGGCAAGGGCAAGGGGGGCAAGGGCACUGGAGGGGGUGGAGGGGGCGGUGGAGGUGGUGGUGGAGGCGGUGGAGGGAGUGGGGGUGGUGGUGGGAGUGGUGCUGGGGGUGGCGGCGGCGGCGGCAGCAGUGGAGGCGGCGGAGGCGGUGGAAGUGGGGGAGGGAGCGGAGGCGGCAUAGGUAGUGGAGAAGGCGGAGGUGGAGGAGGCGGCGGAGGCGCGGCGGAGGCAGAGGCGGCGGUGUUGGAGCAAGUCGCGACUCUGCGCCGAGGAGUGGCACCGGUGGUGGUCAGCGCCAGCAGCAGCACCGGAGUGUGCGGAGGUCCGCACUCCACCCAGCGCUGCUUUGGUCGCCUGACGGACGCGUGGCGUCGCCCGUUCCCUGAGGCGUCAGAGAUCCCUCGCUGGGAAGAUCUGGCUAAGGCCGGGGUUGCUAUCUUUGAUCUUGACUUUGAUGUUAUUCUUGCUGCCAUGUAUGCUGUUGCUGAUAGUGUUGAGGGUGCCUGUUACCUGUGUGUACCGCCUGACCCGGGCAUUGAGGCUGCUGCGCUAGGUGCUGGUGAGACAGCUGCUCUAGGUGCUAGUGCGUCUGCUGCCCCAGGUGCCAGUGCAUCUACCGCCCCAGGUGCUGGUGAGUCUGCUCUCUCAGACCGCACUAGUCUUACGCCGCUUAGUCGGCCGGUUGCACUCUCCCUAGAAGACCCCUCCGGGGGUCCAGUCCUUGCUAGCUUCUCCACUUUCCUUCCGUGCCCUGCAGCCCCCUCUGACACCCUGUCUAGUCUCUACCUCCCCUCGUUCUCUACGAACUUGGUGAGUGGAGCGGACCUACAGGAUGGAGGGGUUGACCAGUUCACUCCUGCGAGUCAGCGAGUGACCCACUGCAGGUGUGCUCGGACACGCCGACACUUGGCCACGUUCACCCGUUGGCCAGGGUCGAGCCUGUACACCCUUACUGCUGAGUCUCCUCCUACUGCUGAGUCUGCCCAGGUAGCUGCGUCCAGUCAGGUGUUUGCUGCGGCGUCCAGGGCUGGUCCUGAGUCUGCCCCCUGCUCGUGUCGUCUGCUGUCCCACCAGACUCUCCUUUGGCACCACCGCCUUGGUCACCCCUCCUUGCUUCGUCUCCGAGGCAUGGCCUCCCGUGUCCUUGUCUCUGGUCUUCCUCGGUCUCUCCCUCCCCUACCUCCGGGGCUUGGCCCUACUGGGCAGGGGAGAGAGCGGUACUUUUUGCUGGUCGUUGACGACUACUCGCGUUACACCACAGUCUUCCCCUUGCGCAGCAAGGGUGACGUCACUGAGGUGUUGAUCGACUGGAUCCGUGCAGCUCGUCUCCAGCUCAGAGAGAGUUUCGGCUCGGACUUUCCUGUUUUGCGUCUGCACUCAGACAGAGGAGGGGAGUUUUCCUCUGCCCGUCUGGGAGCCUUCUGUCGGGCACAGGGCAUCCGCCAGACCUUCACGCUUCCAGCCUCUCCACAGCAAAAUGGGAUUGCUGAGCGCCGCAUUGGUAUGGUCAUGGACGUCGCGCGUACGUCCAUGAUGCAUGCGGCUUCCACCCAUUUUCUGUGGCCGUUUGCGGUUCAGUACGCCGCGCAUCAGCUCAACCUUCAGCCCCGGGUCUCCUUGCCAGAGACCUUCCCCGCCUUCCGGUGGACUAGGAAGGUUGGCGAUGCGUCUGCGUUUCGGGUCUGGGGAUCUCGGGCGUUUGACUGCGACUUGUCUGCGGACAAGCUGUCCCCCCGUGUUGUUCCUUGCGUCUUCCUUGGCUUCCCCCUGACGCGCCUGGGUGGCGGUUCUACCACCCCACCACGCGCCGUGUUCUGUCCUCCCAGGACGUCACCUUUGACGAGUCGGUGCCUUACUACCGUAGACGCAGUCGAGCCUGCCAAGGUAGCUGUUGACUCUGGUGCUGCUAGAGGUGCUGAGCCUGCGGGGGCCGGGUCUGCGGGUGCCGGGUCUGGGGGUGCUGAGUCUGGGGGUGCUGAGCCUGGGGGUGCUGGGCCUGGGGGUGCUAGGCCUUGGGGUGCGGAGCCUGGGGGUGCUGGGUCUGCCCGUGUGGCCGCCGGCGGUACUUCGUCGAGGCGGGAGCCGCUCUCUCCACAAGAGCUGCGCGUGUGGGUCCCUCGCCGCUGGAGACGUGCUGCUGAGUCUGGGGGUACUAAUGGAGCUGCUGGGGGUGUUGGCGCUGGUGUUUCUAUUGGUGCUGGUGCGUCUCGGGGUGCUGCUGAGGCAGGUGGUGCUGACAGUCCUACUGGAGUUGGUGCUGUUGGAGCUGGAGCUUCUGGGCGUGUUGGCGCUCGUGUUUCUACUGGUGCUGGUGCGUCUAGGGGUGCUGCUGAGGCAGCUGGUGCUGACAUUCCUACUGGAGUUGGUGCUGUUGGAGCUGGAGCUUCUGGGGGUGUUGGCGCUGGUGUUUUUACUGGUGCUGGUGCGUCUGGGGGUGCUGCUGAGGCAGCUGGUGCUGACGGUCCUACUGGAGUUGGUGCUGCUGGAGCUGGAGCUGCUGGGGGUGUUGGCGGUGGCGGUGCUGCUGGCGCUGGUGCUUCUGAGGGUACUGGAGUUGGCGCUGUUGAAGCUGGAGGUUCUGCUGGCGCUGGUGCUGCCGCUGGGGGUACUGGUGCCGUACUUGCUGUUCGUGCUGCUCGCACUAGUGGUCGUACUGCACGUCCGCGUCCUCCUGCGGUCCCCGGCACACACCAGAUGGCACUGCGUCCUUCCACUGCUCCUCUGCGUGUCCCGUUGCCGUCUCCUCCAGAGUCCUCUCUUCCUUCUCUUGCUGACCCGGAGUCUGACUCCCUUCGUGCUGCUAGUCCUUCGGUCACGCGCCUUCUUGCUACUAUCGUCACUGACCCUUCCUUUGAGUCUGCUGCUGCGUCUGCUUCAGUUGCUGAGCUUGUCGACUUCGCUGCUCGCUCUCGUCUAGACUACGCUGCCAGUCUUGUUGCUGAGUCUGAGUCUGUCUGUCCUCCAUCCGUCGGGGGUGAGUGUGCUCGUAGCACGGACGUCCUUGAGGACAGGCAGGAGGAGUUCCAGUGCUUUGCGGCUGCUUUGCCCCAUCUCGUGUCCACGCUGAUUGCCCCUGAGGGAGACACGGAUGCACGAGACAUCCCGACUCCUCGAUCGUACGCGGAGGCGAUCGAGGGUCCCUACUCCUCUCAGUGGCAGUCAGCCAUGGACGCAGAGAUGGCUUCCUGGAAAUCCACAGGCACCUACGUCGACGAAGUUCCCCCACCUGGGGCGAACAUCGUCAGUGGGAUGUGGAUCUUCAGGGUGAAGCGGCCGCCGAACUCUCCGCCUGUCUUCAAGGCGCGUUACGUGGCUCGAGGCUUCUCUCAGCGGCAGGGAGUUGACUACUUUCAGACCUUCUCUCCCACCCCAAAGAUGACCACUCUUCGGGUGCUGCUGCACAUAGCCGCUCAGCGCAACUACGAGCUUCACUCUCUUGACUUCAGCACUGCUUUUCUGCAGGGCAGCCUGCACGAGGAGAUCUGGCUACGACGCCCUCCUGGCUUCACUGGGUCGUUUCCUCCUGGCACAUAG